UGCGGUUGGUCAAGUCCGCAUUUCGCAAACCGUCCUCACAGGAUCACAACAGCUGUUUUGUGAUGUGGGAUUUUAAUCUUUAGGACUAGCUACUCAUUUCUCAUUUUAAGAAUGGGAAUAUUUAUCAAUUUGCUUUUGGGUUUUUGCACACUGCAUCUGUUUGCCAAUUUAAGCACAAUCGUGAAUGCUUCCAGGAGGCCAUGGACAACAGCUGAUAACAGAGGGGCUGCUACUAGGAGAGCCAGAGCUGUAAACAAACCAGCAUCCAUCAACUGUAAGCUGGGGAGCUGGUCAUCAUGGACACCAUGUAAUUCCUGCACAGACAAAAAGUUCCGUUUCCGAUACUUAGAGAAGCCAUCGCAGUUUGGUGGCACAGAGUGCUACGAGACACUGUGGGAGAAGCUAGCCUGUCCAACAGCAACCACGCAGUGUAUGGUGACAGAUUACUGUGGAGAGGACUUCACCUGCAAGGGAACAGGGCGCUGCAUCGGCAAGGCCCUUCGCUGUAAUGGAGAGUCAGACUGUGAAGAUUUUUCUGAUGAAGAGGACUGUGAAUCCUUCAACCACAGAGACGACAAGUGUUCCACCCUCCUGUCGAUCCCUGGUGCUGAGCGAGGCACACAGGGCUACAACGCCUUGAAUGCAGACUUUGUGGAUCAUGUGCUUGACCCACAGUACUUUGGAGGAAAGUGUGAAUAUGUGUAUAAUGGCGAAUGGAGAAAAUUCCUGUAUGACUCAUUCUGUGAAAACUUGCACUACAAUGAGGAUGAAAAGAACUACAGGAAACCUUACAACUACCAUACCUACCGUUUUGUGGCUGAAGCUACAUCAGAGGGCUCUCAUGAAUACUAUGAAGAUAUGGCGAGCCUGCUGAAGGCCAGGAAAACUAUGAAGUCCAGCAAUUUUGGUGUCACAGUAGGGGUCUAUUAUGUGGAAGUGGGACUGAGCGCAAGUAAGGAGUCUGAGUUCUUGAAGAACUUAACGCAGUUUAACAGCCAGGACCUUGGGUUCAUUAGGCUUUCGUCCAAAGUGGAAACAGCCCAAUUCAAGAUGAGAAGUAAUAAGUUGAUGCUUCAUGAAAACUUGUACGUGUCACUUAUGGAGCUUCCAGAGGAGUAUGACUUUGGGAUGUACUCCCGCUUCGUCAACACAUUUGGCACCCACUAUGUCACUGAAGGAACUAUGGGAGGAACCCUGGAGUAUGUAGCGGUUAUCAACAAAACAGCUAUGGCCGAAUCAAGUCUUGAGGCAGAACAAGUUGGUCAUUGCCUUGGUGCCUCUAUUGGUAUAAACUAUCCGAUUAAUAGCUAUGCCACAGUAGAUCUCAAAGCACGUGGGAAUUCAUGUAACAAAAAAGGAAGCUUAUCUCAAGACUCACCCUCUAGUUCAGCUGUGGUUCAGGACAUUGUCACUCUAGUGAAUGGGGGAGUCACAGACAGCAGCAGUGGUGUCUUGGCUAUCAGGAACCCUGACACCUAUAGGAACUGGGGAGCAUCCCUCAAAUACAACCCAACACUCAUUGAAUAUGAGAUCAUGCCAAUUUAUGAGCUUGUGCGCCUCAGCACAGCUGCUGAUGAUGUAGGUGCCAGACUGGCCAACAUACAGAAGGCUUGGGAUGAGUAUCUGCAACAGUUUGACUCCUGUCGCUGUGACCCCUGCAGACAUAAUGGGAUCCCAGUCCUUACUGGUACCUCCUGUAAGUGCCUCUGCAAGUCCGGUUACCAAGGAGAGGCCUGUGAAGAGACUCUUAGAAGAGAUACCAGGACAGAUGGGGCGUGGUCCUGCUGGGGGGCUUGGUCACCCUGUACAUCGGGGAGGAAGACUCGGUCCAGAACCUGUACUAAUCCCCAACCUGACAGUGGUGGAGCAAAUUGCCUGGGCUCUCCCUCUCAGACUCAGCGAUGUUAAAUUGACAUUUACCUCAGACUCCAGAGUGAAGAUGCUCAGUGGAUAAAAACUGCUCUUUCACCACUACUUUGUAAAUGACGGAGCUCUCAAAAUUUAAAUAAAAUCUUAAUCUUAA